CGCAAGAGUAAGCGAAGCGUUAGUUGCCAGCUGAUGGCCGGUCCGUGCGGUCACGCCUGUGCGCAUUCAUGUAACCGCGUGUGCGUAAUCGAAACAGGCGCUCUCGCUCAUUCUAAAGUAGUGUGGACCGCAACGAAACGCAGUAAAGCGGAGUUGAAUCGGAGUAGAUGCGUCGUUGUCGCCAUCAUUAUUGUGAUUUUCGUACGGGAUGCACGUUAUUAAGAUCUGCUAACUUGCCAAUUCUCGUCCAACGACAACACAAAGACGAAGAAUGUCUGUGUUCUCGAAGCUGAUCGACGGCGCAUCCGCGCGCAGCGGCGUGCAACAGGAGACGCUGACGUGCAGUGUCGCCGGCGCGGCUACAACACUUUAUCUUCUCAAACUUAUUUAUCCGUUCAUUGUCACUCGUCUUAAACAAUCUACCCAGAAGAAAAAUCAUCUCUCUUACACUAAGCACAACAAAAACAAUAUCGGUGUUCUUCGAAACAAUUCUUCAGAUAACAAUUCCACCGGAAAUGGAGAAGGAAAACAAAGAUUAUCAGUCGGAUUGGAUUAUGAUUUUUUCCGACAGUUAAUAAUGUUAUUGAAGAUUAUGGUGCCGGGAUGGCGUAGUCGAGAAAUGGGUUUAUUGUCGUGCGCAACACUGACAUUGUUAACGAGAACCUUUCUGUCGGUAUAUGUAGCCGAACUGGAGGGCCAGAUCGUGAAGAGGAUAGUUUUACGCGACAUACGCGGCUUCGGCUUAAUGCUAGCACGAUGGUUCGCCAUCGCCUUGCCCGCCACCUUUGUCAACUCCGCUAUAAGAUAUCUCGAGGGUCGGCUGGCGCUUAGUUUUAGGGAGCGUCUGGUUAAAUACGCCUACAAGAUGUACCUGAGUCAACAGACUUACUAUAGGGUAUCAGCUCUAGACACUAGGCUCGGUGGGGCCGAGCAAAGACUGACAGAUGACUUGUCAGAGCUAGCCAGUUCUGUAGCGCAUCUGUAUUCUAGUUUAACAAAACCGCUGCUAGACUGCGCUUUAGUUGGUAUAGCGCUAAUUUCAUUUUCACAUAAAAUGGGCGCAAAAACGAUACCAGGACCACUAUUAGCUGCAGCAGUUAUUGCUUUAACUGGACAAAUUCUACGUUUUACUUCGCCCAAAUUUGGCCAACUAGUUGCUGAAGAAGCAGCGCGACGAGGAAAGUUACGAGAAGCACAUGCUCGUAUCAGUGCGCACGCAGAAGAAAUAGCUUUCUAUGGAGGUCACGAUACAGAACAUCGUUAUUUAAAUUCCGCUUACAAAUCUUUGGUAAUGCAUUUGCAUCGUAUCCUUGCUGUCAAACUGUGGUACGUGAUGCUGGAACAGUUCCUUAUGAAGUACGUGUGGUCUGGCACAGGACUCUUCGUCAUCGCAAUGCCGUUGCUUUAUAACACAAAUACAUCAGGAAGCGGAGUGAUUAAUAGGGAUGGCGAUGGAGGAGUAAGUGAACGAACAAGAUAUCUGACCACUUCGAAAAAUCUUCUGAGCUCUGGCGCAGAUGCUGUCGAACGACUUAUGUCAUCUUAUAAAGAAUUAGUCGCAUUAGCAGGAUAUGCAGCACGCGUCAGUGAAAUGUUAGACGUGUUUAAGGAUGCUGCACUUUGCAAAUACAAGAGGAACGUUGUCACCAGUAGUCCAGCGAGAUCCCUUCCAAAUGGUAACACUCAACAACUCGCAGAAAAAGUAAUUGAAUUUAGUAACGGCAUUCCAAUAAUAAAAGGAAUUGUUCGCGAAAGUACGGAUGGCAGUAUAAGUCUAAUCAACGUGCCGAUAGUCACGCCAAAUUGCGAAGUAAUUGUACCCAACUUAACAGUCCGCAUAAAACCGGGUGACCAUCUUUUAAUUACUGGACCCAAUGGUUGCGGUAAGAGCUCUCUUUUCCGUAUUAUUUCUGGACUUUGGCCCGUUUAUGAUGGAACCCUCAUCAGACCAGCCGAAAGAAAUUCUUCCGAACAUAGCAGACCUGCCCUAUUUUAUAUCCCACAGAAACCAUACAUGACAGUGGGUUGCCUUCGAGAUCAAAUCAUCUAUCCAGCACAUUCUAGAUCGGAGAAUUGCUUGGAUAAAAAACUGCUACAAUUGUUGGAUGAUGUGGAUCUGCGAGGUAUCGUGGAUCGAGAACCAGAAGGUUUUGAUGCUCUCGGUGACUGGGACUCUACUUUAUCGGGUGGCGAGAAACAACGGCUUGCAAUGACUCGUCUUUUGUAUCAUGCUCCACAAUAUGCUCUUUUGGACGAAUGUACAAGUGCUGUCAGCCUCGAAGCUGAAGGAAUAAUGUACGAAACCGCGAAGAAGAAAGGAAUCACUUUAUUGACAAUCACUCAUCGUGUGGCGUCGCUCGCUAAAUACCAUAAGUUAUUAUUGAAAUUCGAUGGAGAAGGAGGCUGGACUUUCGGUCCACUGGACAUGAAUGAGUUACCGAUAUUACCAAAUCGGGAAACUAUUGAGAAAGAUGCGACACGAGAGAAAACAAAGAUUAACCACUAUCACAUGUUGCAGGAGCUGAGCGAUAUACAUCCUGAAAAUACCUAUGUGGGAAUCAGUUGAAAAAAUAGUCUAUGGAAUUUUAUAUUACAAAUGAGUAAAGGAAAAUAUAUGAUAUAAUAUACAAGAUAUGAGUAUAACUAUGAAAAAAAUAUACAAGAUAUAUAUCUAUCUAUCUAUCUUUUUACAUAUAUAAAUCGUAUUCUAUUUUCUAUAUCAUUAAUAAAAUAUUGAUAUAAAUAAAAAAUGAUAGUUAAAUUAUUAUGGUGUGUGGAUACAUGUAAAUGUACAUAUAUUUCUAGAAUUGUGCAUUGUAAAAAUAUGUUUUCCUAUUUUUAGACUGGUUGAAGAUGCGAUAUAUCACAUUUAUACAAAAUAUACAUCUUAAUUGUAAAAGAAAAACUUAUUGAAAUAAAAUUUUAUUCUUUUA